UCUACGAAACAAAAUCCCUGUGGUCUGAUAGAAUAGGGUUGGCUGUAGGCAAAGCGUGUCCCCGGCGAGACCAGGGUGGGCUCGCACCCGCGUGGGUCGGUGUGAGGAGGAGGAGGAGGAUGAGGCUGGUGGCCGCACCUGUCCUGCUUUAACCAAGCCCCGGCAGGCGCUCGCUGCCCCACCCACGGGAUCGGGGUAAGGGUGAAAACUGGAAAGCUCCUGGGUUGGGAUAAAGGCAGUUUAAUAGGGAACGAGAGAGCUGUGCACACAAGCAAAGCAACGAGAGGAAUCAAUUCACCAAGGGCAGGCAGGUGCUCACCCCUCUCCAGGAGAGCAGCGCCCCUUCACGCGCAACAGUGACUUGACAAGACAAACCAUCACUUCAUACCUCCUUCUCCCCCCGCACUGUAUAAAUUCAGCAUGAUAUCAUAUGGUCUGGAAUAUCCCCUUGGCCAGUUUGGGUCAUCUGCACCAGCUGUGUCUCCUCCCUGCUGUGUUCAGCACAAAUCCAAAGCACAGCCCCAUGUGAAGAAAAUUAACUCUGCCCCAGCCUAAACCAGCACAGCAUCCCGUGGUGAUGUGUGUGUUUGCUGUAGGGGCGCUGUGUUUUGUUGUGAAACCUCACUUCUGGGUGUCUACAAAGUUAGAGGGAUGUGCACUAAUGAAUUUAAGGUUGAUCAACUCCAAAAUGUUAUCUCGGUAUCUCUGCCGAGUUUACAAGUGUUUGUUUCUCCACAACUUAAAACUGAAUUCGGUAAGCGUGGCUAGUCUGGCCAGAAGGAUCCAUACUUCAUCAAAAAAGCUUUCUGACUGUGAGUUAAAGGAACAAACCGUCCAGAAAUGCGAAACUGAAGAGUUGCCUCAAAGUACGGAAAACAGUAACUUUGGAAGAUUGCAUAUGCCAGUGAUGCUGGAGGAGGUUCUUAGUUGUUUAUCCCCCCAGCCAGGUCAGCGUUUCCUCGAUAUGACAUUUGGAGCCGGAGGUCACACGACAGCUCUUCUGGAGAGAGCCAACGACAUCACCGUGUAUGCCCUGGACAGGGACCCCACAGCCUACAGGAUAGCUCAGCAGCUCUCCGAAUCCUACCCGAAACAGAUUCAACCUCUUCUAGGACAGUUUAGCCAGUCAGAGGCUUUGUUACUCUCGUCUGGGGUUGAGCCAGGGACUCUGGAUGGAGUUCUCCUGGAUGCUGGCUGUUCUUCCAUGCAAUUUGAUACACCUGAAAGAGGUUUUUCCCUGCAGAAGGAUGGACCUUUGGACAUGAGGAUGGAUAGUGACAGGUACCCUGACAUGCCCACUGCCGCCGAUGUUGUGAACGCUUUGGAUCAACAGGCGCUUGCGUCCAUCCUCAGAGCGUACGGGGAGGAGAGGCACGCCAAGAAAAUCGCCUCAGCCAUCGUUCAGGCACGCAGCAUAUACCCCAUCACCAGAACCCAGCAGCUUGCAAGCAUUGUUGCAGGUGCUUUUCCAGCAUCAGCGCUGUACGCACGGAAGGAUUUGCUUCAGAGACCCGUGCACGUUGCUACCAAAACUUUCCGAGGCCUGCGAAUAUUUGUCAAUGAUGAGCUCCACGAACUCUUUAUAGGACUGAAGACAGCUGAGAAGUUUCUAAAACCUGGAGGUCGCCUCGUAGCCCUCUCCUUUCAUUCGCUGGAAGAUCGUAUUAUCAAACGUUUUCUUCGUGGGAUAGACAUGACAGAAAAGUACAAUCUUAGCUCAAGGCAGAAGAUAAGGCAGGCUCUGAAAAAUCCCUCCAAAAAAGAAGACACACAAGAAUCUCCCCAUGGAAAAUCCAACUCCAAGUGGAUUUUUAUACAGAAAAAAGUUCUCACACCCCAGGCCAACGAUGUUCAAACAAACCCAAGAGGAAGGUCGGCCAAGCUAAGAGCUGCUAUUAAAGUCUAAACCAAAAUAUAUGAUUAGAUAAUUGUAUAAUUUCCUUUAAUUUUUUUUUUCUAGAAGGCUAACUGUACAGGUAGUAUCAAACUGAAAAAAUAAAAUGAAGGCUGUUAGAAAACAUUUCUUUCUUACCUUUGUGUUCUUUUUAAUUAGAAUGUAGUAUAGAGCAGAACAAAUGUGUAUCAGUGGGUGUCACUAAUCAUAAAAAAAUAAACAUCUUUUUUUAAAAGAGCAUCAAAUGUAAAGGUUGUAAAAAUUGCAGGUUUGAUGUAUUUGUAGUACUCCCUUUAGAUUACAUUCAAAACCCCGACAUUAACUGUCUAAAUUCAGUAGCUAAUUGAGACAGACACAUUUUUAAUGGGGGUGGAUUUCACACACCUAAUUCAGAUGUCUGGUCCAGUCUAGAGUAAGUUUAAAGCGAGCUAAGAAUUCACGAUAUAUAUGUCUCUGUAUUCCAACUGACUUGUUGCAUGAAUGCCUAUGGGAAAAGGGCUAGUUCUGAAAUAAAGGGACAUCAGGA